GUUUAAUUCUUGAAUUUGAGUUUUAUUGAUUUUGGUAUAAAUAAGCGUAAAAUAUUUGAUAUUAGUAUAGUCACUCAAAGGUCUUCGAAUUAAUAACACUAAAAAAACAAAAAUUUUAAAAUUCAACAUGAAGUUCACACUUAUUGUAGUCAUGUUAGCUAUGGCUUUUGCUGUUGAUGCUUCAGCUAUUGGUUGGUCGGCUCAUCAUCAUCCAGAAUUGAGUGUAUGGGGUAAUGGAUUGUGGGGUGGACAUCAUAAUGAUUGGCAUGGUGAUGAUUGGCAUUCUGGUCAUGCACAUCAUGGUGAUUGGCAUCAUGGUGGUUGGGAUGAUGGACAUUGGUCACAUGGACAUGCUCAUACACACGGUAUUAGUUUAGCACAAGGUGGUGGUUGGGAUCAUCAUCAUCAUGGACCAGUUCAUGCACAUCAUGAUCAUCAUCAUCAUGGACAUGAUGGACAUUAUGUUGCCAAAACUCGUGGAGCUGUACACACAGCCCCAUUACCAGGACAUAUUGCAUCAGUAAAAUCAAUCAAUGUUGCUGCACCACCUGCUGGUCAUUAAUUAUAAUUGAAAAAAUAUUUUUAUGAAUCGAUCCAAAAAAAAAUUUUUCUUUUAAUAAAAAUUAAUUUAUUGACAAAA